UGCCACCAGAAAACAGGUGUACAUACAUACUGGUAUUCUUAUAGUAUUCAACCGACUUGAUCAGAUCUACCAUUUUUCAUCGCUAUGGGAAUGGUCUGUAGAAGCGGUUACCACACGUCACGCUUUGUUACUUCGGGGUUACUCAAAUAUUAAUGAAUAUCCUAUCAAUGUGUUGUGUGAGAGAGUAUACGAGCGGCUGCGCAUUUCGUUCACUGUAGUUAAGAUGGUGCGGCGAAUUCUCUAUAUCAGUCCCGAGUGAUCGAAGAAAAGGCAGAAAGAUUACGCCGGAAUCUAUUUGGCAUUACGUCUGCUACUGCUCGUGAGCUCGUGUCUAUAUUCAUCGAGCUGUUUGUGUUAAUGACAGUUGACCAAUGAUUGCAUUAAAUGACCAAUGGUGGACACAUCUGAGACUGGACAAUUCUCGUGGCAAGUAGUAAUUGGAAAAUGACAUAUAGUGACAAACGGUGGCAACGUUGCAUCAGCGAGUAUAUGAAAGAGUGUUUGGGUGAGUCCACGAGGUGCAAUGCAAGUGACGUCAUUAGUACUUAUGCUUGGGGCCUUCACGGUUAUUGCAGGUGGGAGAUUAAUAGGAAAGCCACCAGCUAAACGGCUUCCAAAGAUUCGGCUAUCUGAUGAAGACCGUUUGAUUAAAAAUUUAUUGGCUCGGUAUAGAAGAAGGGGCAAGUAUGGCCGCCCCGUAAUCAAGUAUAAUGAUACAGUUAAAGUUAGUUUUAAUAUUCAACUUGUCCAGAUUAUGGAUUUAGAUGAAAAGAAUCAAAUUUUAACAUUAAAUGUGUGGGACAGAUAUACGUGGGAUGAUAUCUACCUCAAAUGGGAUCCGACAGAUUGGGGUGGAGUUAACUCUGUAAGAAUUCCGUCACGUAAAUUGUGGACACCAGAUAUAAAAUUAUAUAACUAUGCAGACUUCCGUUUGGAGGAACAUCGUGAAGCUCUGUGUGUUAUAAGUAAUACUGGUACAGUUGUUUGGAUGCCACAAGCUGUUUACAGAAGUUCCUGUUACAUCGAUGUCUCUGCGUUUCCUUUUGACAUUCAAAAGUGCCACCUUAAAUUUGGCUCGUGGACGUAUGAUGGUACUAAGGUGGAUCUAGCAGUAUUGGACAACGCAACUGAAAUUGAUUUGUCAGAAUAUGUGCCAAGUAACUCGUGGACGAUAAUUAGAUCUCCAGCAGUAAGGAACGUUGUUACGUACACAUGUUGUCCGGUACCUUAUGUUGACCUAACCUUUACACUCGUGUUUCAAAGAAGUUCAACAUUUUAUAACUAUAUUCUGAUUUUACCGUGUGUGUUACUUACAUCGCUGACUUUAGUAUUAUUUUGGAUCCCACCAGAAUCGCCAGCUAAAUUAAUGUUGGGUAUAAAUAUUUUCGUGGCAUUUUUCCUGCUUUUACUGCUAAUGGAAUCCAACUUACCACCGGCUGCGGCCACAGUUCCAUUAUUGGGCACCUAUUAUUGCCUUAACAUGAUACUGAUUACAUUGUCAUCGUUUUUAAACGCCUUUGUUGUCAAUUUAUCAUUCUAUGGUGCCAGAAGGCCCGUACCUAUGUGCCUACGAAAGGUUCUUUUCAGUUUUUUUGCAAAAAUUUUAUGUAUGGAUAACUUAGUUAUGCCGUUUCUGGAGACAAACCAUACUACACGUCUUUUAGCUGAAAGUACGCGGUUCCUGGGAAUCAACGGAGACCAAAAAUGGAAGAAAGAUUCCUCGGCGUCGGGUGAUUUAUUAGUUCAAAUGAAACGAAGUCCAUCUGACGAACAGUCGGGCCAGUUGGCACUCAUAAACUUUCACUUAACGGAACUAAUGGACUUUGUUAGGAGUUAUCGUGAACGUAUAUCUGAAAGAGAUAGAAAAGAAAAAUUGGCUAAAGAGUGGAAAGCAAUUGGACUCAUCUUUGAUAGAAUAUUUUUCAUUAUAUACAUAACCACUAUCAUCGUUUCUAUGUCUGUAUUAUUGCCUAUUAUUACAUUUAGUAAACCAUGAGAUAUGUUAUAUUGUUAGUUAUUGUAUUAUAAUACAUUGUAAAUUAUUACAUAUUUAUCUCUAUAUAUACACAUUAUUGAUUAAAUAACCCUAUGAAGGAUACAUACAAUUAUAAAUUGGUUUAAAGAGACUAUUGGUGAUUAUUUCAAAGCACACAAUUUCGCGACUUUUCUGAUACUAAUACCUUACUUAUGAAAGCUUAAAUUAGCAGCAUCGACAGUGUUUUUAUAAAUUACUCCCACAGAGCACUAGCUUCAAAAAUAUAUAUAAGUAUCAUUAUAAAAACGUCAGUUUCAAUCCAUGCUAAAUUAUUAGCAGUGUCCCUUUAAAUUUCUUUAUAUUGUACAAUUGCCUUCAUUUAUACAAGCAAAAACGGGAACUACUGUAUUAUAAUUAAAGCGUAUAUGUGUAAUCUGUAUAGUUUAUAAUCUUUGUGGCUUUUUUGAGAGAAAGUAUUAAAGUGCAAAUCGGAGUAUUGUAAAUUAGAUUUGUUCGAAUUUUCACUGCAUAUUUUGCCUAAUACCAAAAGUCUUUCACUUACAAAACUUUGUAAUUUCAGUCAUACGAUUUAUUUGUUCAAUAUUUAAUCUGCUUUUUUGUUUUAAGAGAAUCUGGGCUAUAGUUUUAAUGUAAACUCGCUAUCCUUUUAUGUAUAUUCAUUUAAAGCAUACUUACAUUUUCUAAUCUAUCAUAAAGUAACAGGUAAUUCCAUUUCAGUUUUGCCUGCGAUAUCAGCCUCGGUGGAAGCGGACGUUAAGCCCCACAAACCAUCCAACUUACAUUUGAGUUAGAAAUAAACCGGAACAUCAGCGACACAAGCAUCAACGGUUUUUUCUUGUUCUUAAUUAAUGUUUUAAAGGCAAAAAUAUCUUCCCAGAAAUUUGCAUGAAAGAGUAUUAGAGAUUUUUUAAAAUUUAGGACAAGGGCGUUUACAUGUAGUUAUUAGUUUUUCAGAUUUUGUAAAGCUUGAGGAAAAAAAAUCUUUCAUUGCGUUUAUAUUCAGUUUCAAAGCAGACAGUCUAAUUACCCAUUCGGUCCACCAUAGAAUAAUUUGCAUGCGUGCUAAUGUUCAUCUAACAUAAUUAUUUCAUAUUUUGUCAUUAACUUAAAUGUUUAUGCAGGUGUGUUACUACAAGGUGAUAUUUUGAAUAUGUAACCAAUCUAUUCUACAUAAUACUAAAAUGAAUGACUGGGUUUUUUUUCUAUUUUAAUGUUCAUUUUUGCAAAACAAUAAUAUAUGGAUGGAUACCAAAACAGAGGCUUAGAAUAGCCUAGAUAUAUAUUACAAUAUUAUUUAGUCUAACGAAGAUUAUAUAUAAUUUUAAUCAUUUCUGCUUAAUUAUUAAUUGGGCCACAUCCUUAAUAUACUGUCUGCUGUCGUGUUGACGUUAGGCAUUAACCAGUAAACUUAUGUGUUUGGCCGAACUCCACGAGAGAUUGCAAGGUAUUUUGUGAAAUACUAUUGAAUAUAUAUAUAUGAAAAAAGUAUUGUGUCAAUCUGUUCACCUAAUUGAAAAUUUGAUUGCAAACCACUAUUAUUAAGCAAGGUCUGACAAAUAUACAGACGAGGCCAUCUAAAGUCUACAUAAGCAAUCAAAGAAAAAAGUAGGAAACGAAAUGUAUAUCUAAAUCCGAUAAUUACAAAACAGAACUUUCAGUUUUUUUGCCAUAGUGAUUAAAUCCUAAGUUUUUUCGAAGGUAAACUUGCAAUUAGAACUUCGUGACAUUGUGAAUUGCUGAUAUUGCGUAGUAGAUGUAAUGUAUCGUUGUUCAGUUUUAGCAGUGGGAAAUGUGUCAGUGUAACGUAAAACUAUAUGGUUGCUUAGUUUAAUUAUUAAUCUCUUUAGUUUUUUAACUGUUUGUACACGAAUGGGUGAAAACAAUUCAGCACUAAAAGACCAGAGCACCGCAUGUGUUACAGAAACAAUACAUUAUAUUUUAUUCAGCAGCAGUGAACGUGGAGUUCUUUCACAUGAAUGUAUCUUAAUAGAAGCACAUUAUAAUAUAUUUAUUAAUACACGGGUUUAAUUGCUUUAUGUUCAUAUUCACUGCAGCAUAUAAUAGUAUAUUGUAAAACCAACUACAAUUAUGAAGUCUAAACAAUGUUGGUAUCGCAAUAUCAUCAGUGAUAAUUUUAACUGUAAGAUAAACUAAUGUUGAAAUUUGUCAGUGUUUAUAAGCUAUGUAUAAAUCAUUGUAUUAUGUUAUUGUAUUCACACGUGUUUUAUAUACAUCAUUACACGUCAAUCUGUAUAACACUUCUAUUAAAAUGUAUAAAGAGUUUUCUACGAUA